UUUUCCGGAGCGAGUUGUACUCCGUGUUGUGUAAAUUCUGCUGUCAAGUUUCUUCAAACCUCGUUCAGUUGUGUUUCCCUCGUGGGCAAUGCCAUUUUACAGCUUGUUUUUUUGCACUGCUGUGUGUAAAAUAAAGGAGAGGAGAAAAAGGACCUCAGGAUAAAGCAUCAUCUCAUUUCUUUGUUCACCUCACCUGGCUGUUUAUAUGCGCUGGAUAGCUAAAUACGCAUACGUUUAGUGAGGCCAGUACAAAUACUCUCAGCCUCAGCUCAUGUUCCCCUAUAUGAAAGUACCCCGACACCAUCACAGUAUACCCUGCCGAUGUUAGGAGUUCUUCAGCAGCUGCAGGAAGAUAACUGGAGGUUGCACCAAACUGUGUUGGAUAUGCAGCGCCGAAUGGAUAAGAGUGGUAUUCUGUCACCCCAUCCAUCUAUGCAGCUAUUACAAGAGCACCCUCCCAGUGUCAGAAUGAAGCACCAAGCCGUAGCUAAUAUACCACCACAGAUUGCCCAUCAGGCAGCUAUUGAGGAAGGAGAAGACUGGCCACCACCACCUCCCCCAGUGACAUCAGAACCACAUCUUUAUUCACCUGUAACUUAAAAGAAGCAAGUUUGGAAUAAAAGAGAGUGUAGAUUAAGAAGGAAAGAUUGUGCAUUCUAACAGAUGCCCACAGUGAUCAUAACUUCAAACCAGCAACACAAUUUAAUCCUUCAUUACACCAAUGGUCACUCUGGUUGAGCUCCAGAGAUCAUGUGUGGAGAUGGGAGAAACUUGCAGAAGGACAACCAUCACUGCAACCCUCCAUCGAUCUGGGCUUUAUGGCAGAGUGGCCAGAUGGAAAACUCUCCUCCGUGCAAGACACAUAAAGCACAUAAAGGACUCUCAGACUGUGAGAAACAAGAUUGUCUGGUCUGAUGAAACGAAGAUUGAACUGUUUGGCGUCAAUUCCAAGCGUCAUGUCUGGGGAAAACCAGGCACUGCUCAUCACCUGCACAAUACCAUCCCAAAGGUGAAGCAUGGUGGUGGGAGCAUCAUGCUGUUGGGGUGUUUUUCAGCGGCAGGGACUGGGGGACUGGUCAGGGUUGAAGGAAAGCUACACGCAGCAAAAUACAGAGAUAUCCUUAAUGAAAACCUGGUCCAGAGUGCUCAGGACCUCAGAUGGUCCCCAUCCAACCCGACAGAGCUUGAGAGAAUCUGCAGAGAAGAAUGGCAGAAAAUUACCAAAUCCAGGUCUAUCCUCCUACGCCUCCUCCUUGCUCAUUUGAAAUGUGUCACAUUGGUGCUAAAACCCAGGAAGGAGGAGGGAUGCGCUGUCAUGGAGUCCUCACAACUGCCAUCCACCGGGGGAUGGAGGAGUCACUGCCGGCCGCCUGGAUGCAGAGGAAUGGCCGCUGUCCACGAGGGGAGGAGGGGCUUGCUGCCGGCCGCAUGGAGUGGUGGAGCUGCUGCCAGGGGCCGAGGGGCUCCCUACCGGCUGCCAGAAUGCGGAAGGGCAUUCCAUCCACUAGGGGUCAGAGGACUCGCUCCGGUCUGCCCGGGGAGGAGCAGCCUGUCAUCCGCCAGAAGGUGGAGCAGUGGUAGAGGACCAGGCAAUGGCGUGUCAGGAACCGGCGAGCAAAAUUUUUCUCACUGUCGCUCUGCCUUGCCCUUUACCUCUCCUCUUUUCCCUCCCCUUGUCUCCCUCCCAGGUCUCAAAAGGUGGGGAAAGCCUGCCGGUAAGGGAGGGGGAGGUGUAAAUCUUGCCGGGGGCUCCCACGUAUAACGUGCACUCAAAGACAUCCCUGUUCUCUGUUACAGAUAGUUUAUACGAUAUAGAUACAGAACACAACCCACACGUUGCACAUCAGCACAGGUUUGCUCAUUCCAAACAACUGGACAACUCCUCUCUAUUUAACAAUACUUCUUUUGAAUUCCAUACUAUUACUACAAUGCAACCCAUAAAAUACAUAUUGUUGUCAUCUAUCGCCAUCUAGGUCAGCUGGCAAACUUUCUUGAGGAGGUGGAUGUCCUGCUGUCCUCCUACCCUGAAGAAGGUCUGUGACACCAUCCUGGGACACACUAGGGAGCGUUUCUCCUUCACAGACCAAGUUGUCUGUGCCACCUUGUUGCAGGGGGACAGGUUUGGAUACCUUUCCUGAAGAUGCAUUGAGCAGCACCAUGAAAGCGUACCCGAUGCUCAGUGGAAGCAAGCUGAAGACAGAGCUCAGUCUCAUCUACAGCAAGGAAGAAUUCAAAGCCUGCCGUGGUGCUGUGGACCUAUUCCAGCUGUUUAUGAAAAAUAAUCUCGAAGAAGUCUUUUCCGAAACUGUGACUCUCAUAAAAGUUCUCAUUACCACACCCAUGACCACGGCUGAAGCUGAGAGGUGCUUCUCAACCUUGAAAAGAAUAAAAACUUUUCUCAGAAACACCAUGACCCAGGAGAGGCUGAAUGCACUGGCAUUGCUCUCCAUGGGAAAGAGACUUGUUACUGAGAUGACUGACUUUAAUCAGAGAGUCAUUGAGAAAUUUGCUGGCCAGAAAGAAAGGAGAGCAAAAUUUAUGUUCAAGUAGUCAACGUGCUUUUUGGUACUGCUUUGUAUUUAUUUUCGCCCACAAAAAAGCUCCCCCCCCCCAAAAUAAUUAUCACCAGCUGCCACUGAGAUGGCGGAUCCAACAAGUUGAACCAACUUGUUGGUUCUCACCAAAACCUUUAGCAUGCCUUCAGAAUACUUGCAAUACAUCACACAAGCUACAUUAACAACUUUUAAGAUACGUUUGGGUUCUUUUUAAAGCUUUGAAUUAAUGCAUCAUCCAUUGCCAUUGAAUAGAAAAGACUAACUGUGAUAAUCAUUAAAACAACUCAUUUUAGGUUCCGCAUGAGAAAGAAAGUGAUGCGUAGUGAUGGGGAGUCAACUCUUAAAGAGUCCAUUCCUUGACUCUGACUGUCCUAGAAUCGGAGUCGACUCUAAUACAGGAAUACAUUUUUUUAUUAGAAUUUGUAAUUUUACAAACAGGACAUUAUGAUUGCCUCAAAUCAAUAAACUGGCAUCCUGAAGAACCAGUCACGUCCUCUACAAAUGGCUGUUUGGUGGUGGGACACUCAUUCAUCAUGUGUGUUUGAGUGUGAGAUAAUGUGUGUGCGUGCAAAAGAGAGAGAGAGUGCUACAGAUUUAAAAACUUUCGGAAGUUUGUGUAGCUAG